AAUCCAAAAAACAUCGCUUUAGCUGAUAUCAGUUUGACUUACACAGCACUGAAUGUAGAUGAGCCAUCGUUUUUUUUGCGGUGGACAACUAUUGGGUACAGCUCAAAAAUAGGAACGCAUCUACUCGGGUACCAACCCGGACAAACAAUCAAUGGUCAACCUUCUUUUGUUCAAAUAAAACUAGUAUCCAAUGUGAUAUUGUUUAACUGACCUCGAAACCAGACUGCGAUCCGGUUAGUAACGGAAACAGUCGACAGGAUGGACCGGUGUGGACCCAAUCAAACUCUUAAACCCAAACCUAAAGCAACCUCCCGAACCGCUCGAAGCGUUUCACCAAUCCCCGAAGCAUCCAAGUCAACAGAAUCAUCUAUCCGGCAGCAAUCGAGCGUCGUAUCCGAUCCGGAUGUACACUGCGGAAAAGAUUUCCGACCUGGUCUAAUAAUUUUCAUAUUCAGCUUGCAUUGGUUGAUAUCAGCCGCAAUCUUCGCCGUGGGACUGGUGUUGACCUUGAAACCACCGUCUUCGGAGCAUGCCUGUCACGUGUAUUUCUCGAUGGUAUAUCUCCGGGUAGCCUUCUGGAUCGGAACCUACAUCCAGCACGAGCUGAUCAAGCCAGCCUGCCAAAUGUUGGUCAAUCAAAACUACAGUCUAUAUCAGGACAUGACCUGCUACAGAAAAACACCACUUCAGAUUGUGUCUUUUUGGAACACGAUCCUUAUAGCCAUUCAGAGCUACGUUCGAUCGUUGUUUCAGGUUCAAGAGCAGGGGACCAACAUAUGCGGGCUCGGCGAAACCUUAGACAUUACUCCGCAGUUAUUCAUCUCCAUUUUCAAUGGGUUAGAAACGUUGGCUCUGGCUUGUUUCUACGUGCCCGCGAUUAAACGCUUGAUAAAAUCGAUGCAACAACAGGAGGAGGAUUCACCCGACCGAACAUUGUCGAACCAGGAUGACAUUACAAUCCAUCAGAGAUUGAAACGGCAAGCCGAACAGGUCAAAAUAUUACGAACGGCCAACAUGGCCCUGAGAAAGGAAGCUACAGCGCUUGGGGCACUGAGCGAGGAUUUGUGAGAUUCCCUUUAUUUAUUUGUAUUCUGUUUGAAUGAAUACUAUCGUUAUUGUUUCUAAUUCAAUAAAUGUUAUUAACUUGUUA